AUGUUUGGCUCCUCGCUGUCUACCGGGGCCGCCGGCGGAGGCGUUUUUGGGUCCACGACCGGAGGCGGCGGUUUGUUUGGAAGCUCAGCCACUCCACAGGCGGCGGCGGGGCCGUCCACGGGCUCCACAGGCCUCUUCGGCUCGACUGGCGCCGCACCUGCGACCGCGGGUCAGACCACGGCAACCGGCGGGACGGGCCUCUUCGGCUCCUCCACCACGACCGCAGGCGGCGCGACGACCGGAGGGCUUUUUGGCGGCGGCGCGGCGACCGGGACGGUGACAGGCGGGGGGGGGCUGUUUGGAGCCGCGACGGCGGCGCCCGCGGCGACGAGUGCGACUGGAGGCGGAGGGCUGUUCGGGGCGGCACAGCAGAAGCCUGCAGCGACUACGGGGUUGUUUGGAGGCGGAGCCACGACCGCGGGGACGACGUCUGGGGGACUGUUUGGCGGUGGGGCCUCGACGGCAGGGGCGACGACUGGCGGAGGGUUGUUUGGCGGCAACCAACCGGCCAAGCCCGCAACGACGACGGGCGGCGGGCUGUUUGGAGCCCAAGGGGGGGCGGCCGGUGCGCCGUCUGCGGGAGUCACCGUUCUGCCUAGAGAGCCGACGGUGGCGAAUAUCGAGAAGGUCGUGCCGGGGGUGCUCGAGAAGUUUAAGAAGAUCGAAGAGAGGAUGAGGGAAGAGGAACGUAUCAUGAACGAACUCCAGGCGUCCACGAGGAAAAUGAAGGAGUCCUUCUCCGGCUUCUCGGCCUCGCUGUCGGCUCAUCAGUCACGCGUCUCUUGGGCGCUCCACCACGUCCUCAUUCUCAAACGCCAGGCGCAGAAUCUCGCGCCAGUAGUCCAGCGAGAUAAGCAACUAGCCCUGCAGAUCGAGCAGCUUCACCAGCAGCUUCAACAGAACAUCGCCGCGGCCAACGCAUCCCUCGCGAUGGCGGGCUCGGCUGGCGCCCGCGACGCCGUCUACGUCGUGCCUCUUCAGGUUCCGUGCCCUCUGUCGACUCCGUUGUAUCAGCAGCUGUUGCAAGACGUGUGGAGUGUGAGCGGCAGGCUCCAGCAGCUGGAGCAGCACGUGAAGCUGUUGAGAGUCGAGAGAGAAAAUGCCGCGAGGUCGGGCUCCGUGAACGCCGCCGACGGCUGUGCGUAUCCGUGGGAACACGCUUUUUCAGACCCCGGCGUGGACGUCAACUCCGAGCUGCAGAUGAUCCAAGAAGUCCUGGCGGCUCAGCGCGAAGUUCUGCUUGCGACGGCGCAGAAGGCUGUCGAACUGCGUGAGACGACUCGUCAGAUGCAGGACCGCCUCGAGAGGGCGGGAGUCAAGAUCCCCGUCUUCCCAGAAGAUCAAGAGGAGGCUGCAGUGAAUGCAGCUGCUGUGCAGGCGGGUCAAGCGGCGGGAGGUCUAUUUGGCUCCUCCGCUCCAGCGGCCUCGUCUUUGGGGGCGAUUGGCGGUCUUUUCGGAUACACUGGAGCCCAGACGGCGACAAGCGGAGGCCUCUUCGGAAGACCCACCGGCGCCGCCACCACGAACCCCACAACCUCGACGGGCCUCUUCGGCUCGACUGGCGCCGCACCUGCGACCGCGGGUCAGACCACGGCAACCGGCGGGACGGGCCUCUUCGGCUCCUCCACCACGACCGCAGGCGGCGCGACGACCGGAGGGCUUUUUGGCGGCGGCGCGGCGACCGGGACGGUGACAGGCGGGGGGGGGCUGUUUGGAGCCGCGACGGCGGCGCCCGCGGCGACGAGUGCGACUGGAGGCGGAGGGCUGUUCGGGGCGGCACAGCAGAAGCCUGCAGCGACUACGGGGUUGUUUGGAGGCGGAGCCACGACCGCGGGGACGACGUCUGGGGGACUGUUUGGCGGUGGGGCCUCGACGGCAGGGGCGACGACUGGCGGAGGGUUGUUUGGCGGCAACCAACCGGCCAAGCCCGCAACGACGACGGGCGGCGGGCUGUUUGGUGGGUCCACUGGGCUCUUUGGAAGCUCGGGGGCGCAGCCUGCCGCCAGUGGCGGGGGUGGGUUGUUCGGGAACACAACUGGUGGUCUGUUCGGCGCGAAAUAG